GCAUUGCCAUCUUCCCUAUAUAAUCCAUCGAUAAACAGACAGCACGAGCAAAGCAUACUGAUCGAAGGGUCGAAAUGGCCUCCAUGAAGCUGCUCUCCCUCACCUGCAUCCUCCUCCUCCUCCUCUCCGGGCUCGUCGUGUUCGGCGCGGCGGCGGCGCCGGAGCCGUGCCCGGUGGUGUGCGUCCAGGGCGGGUACAUCACCUGCGACAACUACCCCUACCAGAAGCUGGACGGCUGCGCGUGCGAGUGCGCGCCCAAGGACGGCGUCAACUGCGUGCUCCACCUCCUGGUCACCGGCGACUCGUUCAACUGCUCAGCAGCGAAGGCGUAGGCUCUGGCUGGAGCCUCGCGAGCUCACCGGCCCAUGCUGCCCGUGGUUUCUACGUGGCAUUUGUGAUCGUCUGAAUAAUAGUGUGCCUGAAUGUUGCUGGCGAAGUAUGUUUGGUAAAAACAAAUGGUAAUAGUGAAGUAGCACGUACGUGUGAUCGAUAUCGUUGCUGCUGUUUGCACCCAACGAUGGCCUCAAGUGAUUCCUGAAUAAGUUGGAUCUGUAACUGUACCUGGUCUUUGGUUUGGGGUGUGGACUGGACUGGUGAUGGAUCAUCAUCCGAUUUCUUAACUCGGAAUCUAAUAGCCCUUAACUCAGAA